ACCGUCUGGCAUAGCCUUUGUCCCGACUAGAGGGACACCACUACGCUCGACACAAAGCCAUUGGACCGGACUUGGGCCUGGUGAACCCACCCGGACUACUGCGUCAUCGUGAACACCACGAAGGUGCUUGGGACCUUUGAGGAACCCUUCGACACUUAGGACAGUGCCUUACGCUAAGCCAAUAUGCGCACGUCGGUGGUAGUUUACUUCCUCUCGGCUGUUGCCUUCGCGGUGUCCCAGGAUGUCUGGCGCUACAUGAUCCCGGGCGAGACGGACGCAUUUUCCGACAAGAUGAUUCAGUACAUAAACUACCUCAACACGACGUGGAAGGCUGGCCGCAAUCCUGGCUUCGAAGAUCCCGCAUACGUGCGUAGCCUUCUUGGAGUACAUCCGGAGAACCAGAGGUACCAGCUUCCCGAACGGAGGCUGGACCUCAGUUCACUCGGUCCCUUGCCGGAGAACUUCGAUUCCCGAGAAAACUGGCCCGAGUGCACCACCAUUGGCGAGAUUCGGGACCAAGGUUCCUGUGGGUCAUGCUGGGCUUUUGGAGCCGUGGAGGCCAUGUCGGACCGGACCUGCAUUCAUUCUCCACCAGGAGGACGGAAGCGGGUAGUCCACCUUUCCGCUGAUGAUUUGCUGUCAUGCUGCAAAUUCUGUGGAAAUGGGUGCGACGGAGGCUUCCCGGGCUCAGCAUGGAAUUUCUGGGUGAAGAAGGGCAUCGUCACGGGCGGCAAUUACGACUCGGACGACGGCUGCAUGCCGUACCCGAUCAAGGCGUGUGACCAUCACGUCAACGGCACACUGGGUCCCUGCGAUAAGAAGAUCCCGCCCACACCACGCUGUAUGCACAUGUGUCGCAAGGGUUACGACGUACACUAUGACGAUGACAAGCACUACGGCAAGAGCGGUUACUCAGUGCCAUCGACGGAAGAGCAGAUCCAAGCUGAGAUCAUGACCAACGGUCCAGUGGAGGCAGACUUCACCGUCUACGCUGACUUCGUCCACUACAAAUCUGGCGUAUACCAGAGGCACACGGAUGAGGCUCUUGGAGGCCACGCCAUCAGGCUGCUGGGAUGGGGCGUCGAGAAUGGUGUCCCCUAUUGGCUGGCUGCCAACUCAUGGAACACCGAGUGGGGAGACAAAGGCUUCUUCAAGAUUCUUCGCGGAUCAGACGAGUGUGGCAUCGAAGACGACGUGGUAGCCGGCCUUCCUAGAUACUGAGGUUCCUCACGCGCAUUUGCGUCAGACAACGGGCACAGCUCGACGUGAUGAGUUUUGCUGCACGAUUGUGGUGUGUACUCAACCCAGCCGUCUCCAUGUGUUUUUGGUUUCUCUAGCGAUAUGGUAAUUCGCGAUCGUGUUUGCAGAAAGUGCCGUCAAUAAAGAUCGACAGUAAAGUUUC